AUGUCAGGAAAAGUCUACUUCGUCUCAGGUGGUAACCGUGGUAUCGGUUUCCAGUUCGUCAAAAUAUUAUCAUCAAAUCAAGAAAACACAGUUAUUGCAAGUGCAAGGGACCCUGUCAAAGCUACAGAGCUACAAGCUUUAGCUGAUACUCAAAAGAAUGUCAAAAUUGUCAAGUUGGAUGUUUCAGAUAAAGCUUCGGUUGAUGCUUUAGAUGUUCAAUUGAAAGAAGUUGCUAAAGAUGGUAUUGACGUCUUGAUUGCAAAUGCAGGUAUUUCUCAAUCUGUUUUACCAGCCAUUGAUACAGCAGAAGAUAUCUAUUUGAGACACUAUAGAACUAAUGUUCUUGGUCCUAUCUUUUUGACUAAAGCUCUUUACCCAUACCUGAAAUUGAAGGAAACAAGACACUUGACCUAUGUCUCAAGUUUAGCUGGUUCCAUUGGUGGGUUCAUUCCAUUUACUAGCUCUGCUUAUGGUCAAUCAAAAGCUGCAUUGAAUUAUAGCAUCAAAGAAAUUAGUUUUGAAUUAGGUGCUGAAGGUUUCACUGCGGUUGCAAUGCAACCAGGUUUAGUAGAUACUGAUAUGAGUAGAGCGGGACUUAAAGCUUUGAAAGAAGUUAAUCCAGAUGUUGUUGAAAUUUUGAAAGAUUAUCCAAAUAUUCCAGCUGAAGAAAGUGCCAAAUCACAAUUGGAAAAUAUUAUUUUCAAGUUAAACAAGGAUAUGAACGGUAAGUUCUUUGAUUAUCACGGAGUUGAACAAGUCUUCUGA